AUGCUUACUGGCGCCACAACCGCCGGCACUUGCUACGUACUUGGUGCAAAGUACCCGCCCCGUGCCAUUCCCUUUAUAUUUUCUCCAUACUCGACAAAUGCUAGUGACAUGUCCGCUGACGAAGCUGCGGCUCACUGCCAUGACAUUGAGCGAGCUAUGCAUUCGCUGCCCAUUGUCCAAGAGCAUCUUUCGCGCUCUUUCGAGUACCCAUCCGCAAAAGAGGUGCGCGAGAAGCAUGGCAUUACGUAUGAUACGGAACUAGCAAACCGAGAGACGGCCGAUUAUGCGAUCCUUCGUCCAUUUGUGCAUGUUCCGCCCGGACGCCUCGAGACACAACUCACUGCGGGGAGCCUGCGCGGUGCGCACAUGUUUGCGACGACACCAAUGAUUUUCUCCAAGACGCAAGCUGGUGUUAGGAGUGGCGGCGGCACAGAAGGCGACGGCUUCGUUGUCCUACAUCUCGGCAAGAACUUGUGUGGUUAUGAGGGCGUUGUCCAUGGCGGCCUCAUUGCCACUGUGUUCGAUGAAGCACUUGCCCGCACCGCGUUCUAUGGACUGCCGAGUAACGUUGGCGUCACUGGCAAGCUUGAGCUGCGCUAUCGCAAGCCUGUGGUCGCUGACCGGUUCUAUGUCGUCGAAACCGAGAUUGUCGAACGAAUCGGACGAAAGUGCUUCGUUAACGGCUACUUGCUAGAACCAAAGUCCCGCUCGGUGUUGGCUGAAGCCAAUGGCGUGUUUAUUGAGCCACGUUGGGCUAAGUAUGCUUCAUGGGUCGGUGGCGUCAAUAUCCGUAAGCAGCUUGAGAAGUAA